AUGUUGCAAUUUAUUUUGAUUUUGUUGAUUGGAUUGUCAAAUCUACCAAAGACUAGUUCAUGUGUAGCUCAAUGGGGUCAAUGUGGUGGUAUUUCCUAUACAGGUUCAAAAGAUUGUUGUGCACCAUAUGUAUGUCAAUAUAGUAAUCCUUGGUAUUCACAAUGCUUGACAGGACAAACACAAUCGAGGAAAACAACAAUAUCACCAAGAUCUAGAACUUCAGUAAAAAAAGGUUGUAGUGCUUUGUGGCAACAAUGUGGUGGUAUUGGAUGGACUGGUCCAACAUGUUGUGAUCAAUCAACAUGUGUUGUUGGUAAUCCAUAUUAUUCUCAAUGUUUACAAUCAGGAGUAUCAUCUAGUUCCUCAUUCACUUCAAGUAGUACUGUCAGUACAGUAACAAAAUCAUCUCCGAAUGAUGGUCAUCAACCCGGUGUCACUACUCGUUAUUGGGAUUGCUGUAAAGCAAGUUGUGGAUGGUCAUAUAAAGCUUCUGUAACAAAUCCAGUUAGGACAUGUGCACAAAAUGGUAUUACACCUGUUGAUCGUAAUACUCAAUCAGGCUGUACUGGUGGUUCUGCUUAUAUGUGUAAUAAUCAACAACCGUGGAGUGUUAAUUCAACUCUUUCAUAUGGUUAUGCUGCUGCUCAUAUUGCUGGUAAAAGUGAAGCAGAUUGGUGUUGUGCUUGUUAUUCAUUAAUAUUUACAUCAGGACCUGUUGUUGGUAAAAAAUUAAUAGUUCAAGUAACAAAUACGGGUGGUGAUCUUGGUAAUAAUCAUUUUGAUCUUCAAAUGCCUGGUGGUGGUGUUGGUAUAUUUGAUGGAUGUUCAAGACAAUUUCCUGGUUCAUAUUCAUGGGGUCAACGAUAUGGUGGUGUUAGUCAAAGAUCAGAUUGUGCUAAUUUACCACGUGCUAUUCAAGCAGGUUGUUAUUGGCGAUUUGAUUGGUUUAUGAAUGCUGAUAAUCCAACGAUCAGUUUCAAACAAGUACCUUGUCCAUCUGUUCUUACUGCAAAUACUCAAUGUAUCAGAAAUUAA